AUGUCAAACCCUUAUCUACGAACAACGCCCGAGGAGCUAACGUUGUUUCUAGAUGACGUGAAAAAGAAUGUCACGUCAGAUGAGGAUACCGACUUUAAGAAGCUACUACUAUACCUUUAUGGCUUCACCAAUGCCAAGUUUGAGGCUCUUCGAUCUGAGAACGCCUCCACUGGAUCAUCCCAAGUGUUGAAUCUUCUGCUACGACUAGUCGAUACGAUUGCUUUAGUGCUUUCCAAAAAGAAGCAUCUCCUCAAUGCCGAAAUCACGCCCGCUGAAAUAUCCCUGGUUCUUAUGGGAGCCACCACAGUGUCAGUUCCCUUCGGUAACCAGAACGUCUACGAAUGGGGUGUUCAUUUCUCCAUGAGUUGGCUACUGCAAUUUCCUGGCAACAUGGCUGCCACUAAUGCUGUGAAGCUGCUUCUAAUUGGACUCAUUAAUAGCGUUACUGUCCAUGUGAAUGGGUUCAAGUACGCCAGACAAGUUCAGCUUGCGUUGAUGCGGCUACUUUCUGAAAGUGUAAAUACACUUUUCACACAAGUCAGACUAAUAAGGAACCAUACUGAUACUUUGACCGCUACAGUCCAUUUGUUGAGUGUGGUGAAUGACUAUGAUGUCCAGCGCAAGCUCCUUCUAACUGCCAAUGCUACAAGACUCCAGCUUGAAAGUUUCACCAAGCGUAUAUGCUUCGUUCUCGACGCUAUUGAAUUUGCAACUCCAGAGGACGAGCUUCUACCGUUGGUAGACUAUCUCAAAAGUGUUCUUUUGCAUGGAAUGACAAGUAAUCUUUUGCUUGACGAAAGCUUGAAGUGGUCGCAAGUGACCUAUCUCAUGACAUGGGUACAUUCUCAUUUUGAUAGCUUCAAACUACACGGCAAGACUAUGUUUCAAUUCAAGACAUUCAAUAAGGCUACCUGUCUAAGUCUCAUGAAGAUUUUUGUCUUUUGCCGCCAGAAGGGUCUCGUCCAUAAUUUCUUCAGCAGUUUUGAUACCGGUGUUUUUGAAGAAGAGCAUGAGUUCACCAGUGUCGAAAAGCUACUCUCCGUGUCUCGGUUCCCACCCUCAAUAAAAAAACUAUCGCAUAUCCUCAUUCAUCAACAAGCUGCUAAUAAUAAUUUGACGCUUACAUCCAAUGCUGUUAUUUUAGCCUCCAUUCCGUUCGUGGAUGCGGAGCUUGACCAGCUCAGGACUUCAAUCUUGGAGGAUGAGACGGAUGAUCCAUCAAAAGCUCUUCAGUUCAUCACAGAUUCUCAGGUAUCUUUUAAAAGGUAUCUUCACUCAAAUAACCUGGACUCGCUUCCAAAUGUUAAGAGUUGGCUCGGCUACGUAGCCUCCCUCAUUAAACUUGAUGGUUCAUCUUCGGCUAAACUGCCGUUUAAUAAUAAGGCAACAUUGCUCACUUUUAUCAAUACACUCAGCAUUGUCCCUGCAAUCUUGACCGAGGAUUUUAACUAUAGAUCAGGGGAGUCCAUUAGCAUGUCGACGCUAUCGACCAAAAACAUCUUCAGCUCCAUUUCUUUAGACAGACCCUCAAUACUCGAGGUACUGGAUGCUGAGGUCAUAUACCGUGAGGUCAUUUGUGACUUUCUAUUACACGGUAAAAGAGACUACUUGUUAAGUGACUCGUCAUUAAUUGUUGCUUUCUUGUUAGCAUUGUUCAACAUUUUUGCAGCUUAUAGGCCUCCAACGAAAGAUAUCGAACAAGAGCCUUGUCAUAUGUUUGUCCUCCAAUGCCUUUCUUCAAGCAGAUGUAGAGAGGCCCGAGUCAUUGCAGCGAGAGUGUUACCAUUGUAUCUAAUCCAUCACCAAGACGACUUUCUGGAAAACGUCUUCAAAUCAUCGUUCCUGGCUGUUUCUAAGAUCAAGUUUAGUGACCCGAAAUUGAUCCACAUGGCGGAAUCCACCUUAAUGGCUCUUAGUGAAUUGGCCAUAGUUUGCGAAGGAGAGUGGUUAUGCGUGAUAUUCAUCAAGAUGAUCGAUUGUUUUGGAGAGGCGAACGAACAGCAUGUCAACCUUGCCUAUAAUUUUCUCCUUUACGUUGCAACGGCCAAAUCAUUGACUCCUUACAAGCUCCUAUCGCCAUACUUACCAAGUAUCGCUGAGAGGAUCGUUAAAAAAGCUAGGAUGUUUUCGAGGAUAACAAGCCUUUUAGGAGUUUCCAAGCGUUUCUUUCUCAGUCAAACUCGAGACUACACUACGCCUCGCCUUCUUGAGUAUUAUAAGCAUGAUUUUAUCCAAGAAAUUGCAGAAGCUUCUAAUAUGGACAAGACUAAAUUGGUGGCAAAGACGCUCCCAAGGAUAAUGGCCACGUACCUUUGCAAAGACGACACCAUCGAAGCAGAUUACAUCGUUAACGUCUUGAGCAACACAAGCCCUCGUUAUCAAAAGCUUUCCAUAACAGAUUUAAUACCCAAUAUUGGGGAAGUACUUUGGUACAUCUUACUUCAGAUACAGCUUGAUGAGAAUGGCCAAAUUGUUAAUGAGACGAGAAUCUUCAAUGCCAUCAAAUAUGUUGCAAAAAUUAACUAUGCCAAGCGCUCGAGCCAAAGGCCUGAUUCACAGAAGUUUGAUUACGUCAAAUAUAUUUUGGGGGAACAUGUUUUAGAGCUAGUUCAAAGGUUCUCUGAGAAUGUGCAUCACAUCAAGGGUAUCAAACCAUUUCUCGAAAAGGCGGCGGCAUCAGCCUUGGGACAAAUUUCUACAUGCUUGCAAGCAUCUUUGGAAAAUCCUUCUCUUGAGUUACCAGCAAUCCAGUGUUGGAGUGUUCUCGUUCAAAAACUUGACUCGGAGAGACUUGUCUCCUUGUUUGAUAUUACCAUCUCCUUGAUUUUCCAAAAGUUUGACAGUUUACAGCACAGAUCUAAACAAAUUGCGGUAAAGAUUCUCGAGAAACUCUUCCUCGAGUUACGAGAGAAGUACAAGAAGUAUGCCCUUUAUUACUUCUCAGUCCCCUUUAUCAAGGAUUUGGAUAAGUAUUUCGUGUUGGAUGCGACCUUCAUAAGUAUGAUGAAACCAAAGUCCAAGCUAAGCUACUUCCCCGAGUUUACCAGACGGUUACAAACAAAUAACCAAUACGUCGUACACCAGGCUCUUGAUGAUUUACUUAACUUUACAACGAAGUAUCAAUUGAGUUGCCAAAGAGAUGAUUUCAAGGAUGCAGCAUGUGAGGAUUCGCUAUCUUUAUUGGUGAGGACGCUUUUAGAUGUGUCGGUUCAGUUCAAGAACAAGAAUUCCUUGAUUGCUCGGAAAUGUGCCAUGGUAUUAGGUAGCAUUGGGGCCUUAGAUGCCAACAGGUUCAAUUUCAAGACGAUUGAUUCCAGAAUAGUCAUCUUGUAUGACUUUCAAGAUUACAGAGAAAAUGCUGAAUUCCUCAGCGAGUUUAUAAAGUCUCGUGUUAUCAAGAAUUUUUGGGCAUCCAAUGAUCCGAUAAGACAGUUGUUCUCGGCAUACUCUAUGCAAAGGUUUCUAAACGUGAUGGGCUUAGACAAUUCGAUUUUAAAUUCAUCCAACCAGGGAGUUAGAGCCGAGGUGUGGAACAAGUUCUCGGAGAUCGACAAGUCUACGCUUACUCCUUUACUUUCGUCAAAAUACUUUGCUCCAGAACCACGAUACGAACCCCUUUCCUUUCCAUAUUUCAAACUUGGAAUGAAGCACGACAAAUGGCUUGUUGAUAUAACGACGAAUUUACUUCGGAGACCCCUUCACAAUAAUCUUAAACAGCAUGGUAAAAUGAUGUUGGCGAAAAGUGUCAUAUUCCAGACUUGUUCGCUUUUAAUCAGAGAUGAAGAGAUAUCCAUCGCUCAGUAUUUGCUAAAAUACGUGGUUCUAAGCCAUAUUGUUAACGGAGAGCAAGAAGUGAGAAAGAACAUUCUUGAUGAGAUCCUUACAAUCCUUAAGCUUGGCGUAGGCCAAAAUUCUACAGCCGAAAGGGUAGAAGAAUUGAAAGCAUGCUAUCAAGCGGUAUUUGAAGUGCUCGACUAUUUGAACGAAUGGGUGUCCGCUGCCACUCACAAAUUGAGUGACUCUUCACUUCCAAAGGCUGAUUCAUCCAUGAUAAAGAAGAGUCGAGAGUGUGUGGAAGGCCUACUUCACGAGAUCCCUAUGGAACUUAUAGCUCUUACGUCGUCCGAGUGUGAUUCAUAUGAGCGGACAAUUCUUUAUCUCGAAAAAUGCUAUCGUGAUGGUAAGGUCAAGAACAACAAUCGGCUCGAUAAUCUCAGUAUUACGUCAACAUUACAGUCUGUCUAUUCUAACAUCGAUGAUUACGAUGCUCUCGAUGGUGUUUUAAAGAAGUUUUCCACUAAUAACUUGGCUGAGAAGUUAGACACCUUUCAAUACAACCAAAAUUGGGCGAUUGCUCAAGAGUCGUUUGAAGUUCUCAGUGAGAUAGGCACUCACGAAGAUCGAGUUGAAUGCAAUACAAAGCUUCUUAAGUCGUUAGCCAACCAUGGGCUUUACCAUGAUGUGAUCCAGCGAUUGAAUUCCAAGACUGAAAAGAUAAACGAUUUGCCCUUACCUUGGGCCAUGGUUGGUCUCGAGGCAGCUACUGCAAUUGCUGAUAUCGAAGAAAUGAAAAAAUGGCUGACUAUUGCCAAGGUUAUCGGUAAUAGUACUGACGUUGAAGACCUUUUCCACUCGAGAUUUGCAGACUCAUUGCUCGCAUUAGGCGACGGCAACUUGGACCAUUUUAAUUCUUCAAUUAGCGAGAUAUAUGCGCUAUUGGGUCAGUCUUUGUCUCUGUCAAGAUCAUCCUCGUUCUCCAGAAAUUCAACUCUAAUGUUGCAGUUGCAUAUACUCUAUGAUACUGCUUCAAUUGUCACUACCAGGGGAAACCCAUCGGGAAUGGUAGGUACGGAACAGAUUUUGAAGGAAAGGAUGAGCAAUACUGAUCUUUCUUUUGAUAGCCACUGGAAGAUGCUUUCGAUGCAUAAGACAGUUACCGUGGUGACCGGAAACCUAGACAAGGUGUCUGACAUUUUGCUUGACUGUUCCCGAAUCGCUCGGCGUAAUGAGCGUUUAGACAUUGCAACGAAGUGUAUUAUGAACGCUAUGACCCUUAAUGAUAGUGAGGCCAACAUCGAAUAUGCAAAUCUUCUUUGGGACCAAGGAAAGCAGACUGAAGCAAUCAAGACCAUGUCAGACAAUUUAGCGACUUCGAGGUCAUCAAGUCUCGAGAAACAAGCACGGAACCAGUUACAAUAUGCUUCUUGGCUUGAUGAGUCUAGUCAUUCGUCAUCAUCCAAAAUUAUUGCCGAAUACUCGAAAGCGUACAAACUUGACCCGUCCUGGGAGAAGCCCUACUAUGACUUGGGAAGGUACCACAGCAAAUUGAUGGAGUCUCAGAACGACACGUCUGGAUAUUUCGAGCAGCAGAUUAUCAGGUUCUUUCUCAAAGCGCUUGCUCUCGGCCCGUCAUACAUUUUUGAAGCGCUUCCCAAGUUCAUCACUGUUUGGCUUGAUUUCGCUCAAAGACCUAAUAAAACUCGAGAUGCGGAGAGGAAGCUCAACCAGAUAGUGCACGACAUCAAGACCUACAAGAAUACCAUUCCGAUCUAUGUCUGGUACACUUCUAUCACGCAAAUUCUUUCAAGGAUAACACACCAGCAUCAGCCAAGUGUGGAGUUAAUGCAAGGUAUCAUUGAGUCAUUAAUAUCGGCUUAUCCUAAGCACAGUUUGUGGUAUGUCUUAUCCCAUGUUAAGUCCAAGGAUACCAUAAGAAGGCAGCGAGUGGUGAAAGUACUCAACACUUCGAAGGCGACUAAGUCGUUGGGAGAAAUCAUAGUGAGCGCAAAAAGCUUGUUUGAAAUUUUAGAAGGUAUUGCUUUAAAGAAGGUCAAGAAGGCUCAAAAGAAGAGAUGGCUAUUGACAGAUGAUUUUGGCGUCACGAAUUUACACACCAGUUACGAUUCAUUAGUGAUUCCCGUGAAGAGCAACCUAGAGAUCAAGUUACCAGCUACACGGCAUACUAGCAAGCCGGGUUCAGCGUUUCCUAAAUCAUCUUCGAUAACAUUUGAUGGGUUUGAUGAAGAGGUAAACAUCUUCCACUCAUUGCAAAUGCCGAAACAAAUCACUAUCAGAGGAACUGAUAGCAAAGCUUACAGACUUAUGCUCAAGCGAGAUGAUACCCGAAAAGAUGCCAAGGUUUUUGAGUUCUCGAAUAUGAUCAACAGAUUAUUGUCCUUGAAUAAUGUUGCACGCAAAAGAAACCUCAUCAUUGAGAAUUACUCUGUUAUUCCUCUUGCUGAGGACAUGGGAGUCAUCGAAUUCGUUCAAGAUGUACAAACGAUGAAAUCUGUCAUUCAUGAACAGCAGAAGAAACACGGAAAGGUUCCCCACGAUCGGAAGAUUUUCAUGAAGUUAGAUGAAGCGCAAAAGGUUGUCAAAGCCAAGUAUGCUUCCGAUGAAAAUGCCAUGACUGCUUUGAUUUCGCUUUUUGAUAAUAUUUGCGAUGAAUUUCCGCCUGUUCUUCACCAGUGGUUUAUCGAUCAGUUCUCUGAUCCAGCAUUCUGGUACUUGGCUCGCAAGGCAUACACGCGAACUGCCGCUGUCAUGUCAAUUGUUGGCUACAUCAUUGGCUUGGGUGAUCGUCAUUGCGAGAAUCUCUUAUUCUUCAAACGAAACGGAGCUGCUUUGCACAUUGAUUUUGAUUGUUUAUUUGAAAAAGGUCUAACGUUGCCCACCCCUGAGAUCGUGCCUUUCAGAUUGACCCAGAAUAUGGUAGAUGCAAUGGGUAUCAUAGGUAUCGAAGGCACGUUCAGAAUUACCUGUGAGGUAACAGGACAAAUCUUGAGAGAGAAUGAGGCAUCUCUCAUGAAUAUUCUUGAGACCUUGAUUUAUGAUCCAUUGUUGGAUUGGAAAACCCAAGAGAAUCCACAGGAUCAUCUUCGGAAAGUGAGAAGAAAGAUUAGAGGACUUCUUGAUGAGAAAGAGGGAUUGCCCAUGAAUAUCCAUGGCCAAGUGGAUGUCUUGAUUCAAGAAGCUACAUCGAAAGAGAAUCUUGCACAAAUGUACGGAGGAUGGGCUCCCUACGUUUAA